UGUGAAGCAAAUAGCACAAUAAAUAGUAGUGCAUUGCCAUAGAUUGAAACACAGCAAAUAAAAAUAGAAACAUAUACUACAUAUAUUUGGUUGUAGCAAUGGGUUAUAAGCAAUAUCCAGCCUUGAUUGUGAUUGUGAUUGUGGUGGCUCUCCUCCUCUCGACUCCUCUUGCAUACGGCGUCCCCGUGGUGGAUAACGCCAUCAUCAGCGGCAAAAUCUGCUGCACAUCGAACGGAAACUGCGCCCCUAGGUCGGUAGGGGUUCGUAGUGUGACGGUGAACCUGAAUUGCAUGACUCACUCGGGAGAGUUGGAGACGCUCGGGCAGGGCAUCACCAACGCCACUGGAGAAUUUAUCAUCCAAGUGAAUGGUUCGGUAGGACCUAUCUUCCCCGGAGACGUACCACCAUGCAACGUCUUCGUUAACCUCCCUCUCAAUUUCACAGUCUGCCCCAUCCUCAGCACGACCACCGGAAUCAUUUCCGGCGUUCUCACUCCCGUGAGAAUUAUCAUUGAUGCAGUCGCCGGUCUCAUUGCGGUUUUUAAAGUAGUGUCGUUCUCUCUCACCGUCGAUGAUCCACAGUCUGCCCCACCCUCAACAACGUCAACGGCACCCUUACCGGUGCUCCCGUUUUCGUAGGCUCCAUCGUUGGGGAAGUGCUCGGCCUCGUUAGUAAUCUUGUUGUGUUUACGUUUGACCUGACCGUUGCUUAACAUAUCAUAAUUAAAACUCUUAUAUCUCCAUGUACGCACCACCUAAUAAAAUGUAGUACUACAUCUCAACAAGCACUAACCAUAUCAUUAUAGUUUGUUUUGAUGCUUCAUUUUGUAUACAUUAAAUCAUGAAGAAAUGUUAGUAGUUUUCUAUGAUUUACGAUUCACUUAUUACA